GAAGAAUCAUCAGAAGAAUCAUCUGAAGAAGAAAAACCAACCAAAAAACCAAAUAAACCAGCUGCUAAACAACAAAAGAAAGCUGCCCCAGCUAAAGGUAAAAAGGUUGUUGAAUCAUCAUCAGAAGAAAGUGAAUCUGAAGAAGAAUCUGAAGAAGAAUCAUCAGAAGAAGAAUCAUCAGAGGAAGAAAAACCAACUAAAAAACCAAACAAACCAGCUGCCAAACAACAAAAGAAAGCUGCCCCAGCUAAAGCUGAAGCUCUUACCCAACAACUCCAAACCGGUCAAACCGAUCCAACUUCAACCGUUGAAAACAAAUCAUAUCGUUCACCAAUUAUUUGCAUUUUAGGUCACGUCGAUACUGGUAAAACUUCACUUUUAGAUAGAAUUCGUAACACAAAUGUUCAAGGUGGUGAAGCUCGUGGUAUUACCCAACAAAUUGGUGCCUCUUUCAUCCCAGUCGAUGCUAUUAAAGAACAAACCAAAACAUUUGCAGAAAAACUCAAAAUGGACUUCAAACUUCCAGGUCUUUUACUUAUCGAUACACCAGGUCAUGAAUCUUUCAAUAAUCUUCGUUCAAGAGGUAGUGGUCUUUGCGAUUUAGCUAUUUUAGUUAUUGAUAUUAUGCAUGGUCUCGAAGCUCAAACUAUUGAAUCUAUCAAUCUCCUCCGUAUGAGAAAGACUCCAUUCAUUGUUGCCUUAAAUAAAGUUGAUCGUAUUUACGAUUGGAAACCAUGUGUCAACACUGAUUUCAAAGAAUCAUACAAACUUCAAACAAGAGUUGCUGCCCAAGAUUUUGAUUCAAAAGUUAAAGAAACCAUUGCCGCUUUAGCUGGUCAAGAGUUAAAUGCUGAACUUUACUGGCGUAACAAAGAUCACAAGAAAUAUGUAUCUUUAGUCCCAACCUCUGCUCACACUGGUGAAGGUCUUUCAGAUUUAAUGUUAGUCGUCAUUCAAUUAAUGCAAAAACUUAUGCUCGACAAAGUAGAAUUCUCUAGUCAACUCCAAUGCACUCUUUUAGAAGUUAAAGUUAUCGAAGGUUAUGGUACAACCAUUGAUGUCGUUUUAGUUAAUGGUACCUUAAAUGAAGGUGAUAAAAUUGUUGUCAGUGGUUUCAAUGGUCCAAUCGAAACCAAUAUUCGUUCUUUAUUAACACCACCACCACUUCGUGAAUCACGUGUCAAAUCACAAUUCAUCCAACAUAAAUCUAUUCGUGCUGCUAUGGGUAUUAAAAUCGUCGCACCAGGUCUUGAAAAAGCUGUUCCAGGUACUUCAUUACAUGUUGUUGGACCAAAUGAUGAUAUUGAAAAAAUUAAAGCUGAAGCUAAGAAAGAAGUUGACUCUGUUCUUAAUGAUGUCGAAACUAGCGGUAUUGGUGUUUCAGUCCAAGCCUCAACUCUUGGUUCACUCGAAGCCUUCUUAAAUUUCCUUAAAAAGAUUAAGGUCCCAGUUGCUAAUGUUGCUAUUGGUCCAGUUCACAAAAAACACGUUAUGAACACUGCUAUCAUGUUAGAAAAAGAUCCAAAAUACGCUAUCCUUUUAGCCUUUGACGUAAAGAUUGAAGAUUCUGCCGUUCAAGCCGCCAACGAAAUGAAAAUUCAAAUCCUUUCUGAUGAAACCAUUUAUUUAUUCGAAGAGAAAUUAAAUAAACAUUUCGGUGCUAUCAAAGAGAAAUUAAGAGCUGAAACUGCUGGUAUCUGUGUCUGGCCAUGUAUUUUAGAAGUUGUUCAAGUUUUCCGUAAUACUAAUCCAAUUAUUUGUGGUGUUAAAGUUAGAGAAGGUACUCUUCGUAUUGGUACUCCAAUUUGUGUACCAGAAUCAAAUAAUGCUGAUGUCGGUACUGUCACUUCAAUUAAAUUAAACGAAAAAGAUGUUCAAUUGGCCAAGAAAGAUGAUGUUGUUUCAAUUGCUAUUGACGACAAUAAUACCAAAACAACUUUAUACAGACACUUUGAUGAUAAGAAACAAUGGAUGUCAAAGAUUACUCGUGAAUCAUUAGAUGCAUUAAAAGAAGCUUGGGCUGGAGAUCUUUCAAAACAAGAUAUUCAACUCUUAAAAUUCAUGAAACAAAUUUAUAAAAUU